AUGUCUACUGAUUCUAUGUUACUUUCGCCUUGGGCUCCCUUGGCAGUACUCUUGUGCGGACUGCUGUUCUAUAUUAUUCCCUACUUUUACACCUACAGACACCUGCGAGGAAUUCCUGGUCCGCUGCUGGCCCGCUUCUCAGACCUUUGGCUCUUGUAUAUCUGCCGCCAGUCUAAGCGUUCAAACACUGUAUACAACCUCCACGAGCGGCUUGGGCCCGUCGUCAGAAUCCAGCCGAACCACGUUAGUAUCGUUGACGAAAGGGCCAUCAACCUCGUAUAUGGCCAUGGGAAUGGGUUGGAAAAGUCAUCCUGGUACGAUUCUUCCAUUUCUCUCACUCGAAGCAUCUUCACGGCGAGGAAACGCGCCGAACAUGCUCGGAAGAGAAGGUAUAUCGCCCAUAGCUUCGCCCCCAAGUCGUCUCGUGCGGCCGAAGGGCCCAUCGCCGACAAAGUGGAGCUUCUGGUCCGUAAGUGGGACGAGAUAAUCGACAAAGGGCCGCAGUUUGAUGAGUUCACACAGCUUGAAUGCAGACGAUGGUUCACAUACUUGUCGUUUGACAUCACCGGUGAUCUUCUCUUCAGCGAGCCAUUUGGAAUGCUUGAGAAUGGCUCUGAUCUGGUUAAGAUUGACAACAAGCCCGGGUCCUACGUGUCCAUGAUGAACAGUCUUGCGCAAAGGAGUGCCGCCGUCGCUACUCUUGGCGUCUUGCCCUGGCUGAAGCCGCAUGCACAUCACCUGCCUGAUCCCUUCUUCCACAGAGGAAUGGAUGGGCUGCAGAACCUGCUGGGCGUAACUUCCGCUCAUGUCAAGGAACGCAUGGCCGCAGGACAAGACAAUCAUGAUGAUUGGCUCUCACUUCUACUUCGAGCGUGUGAUGAUCGAGGGGAAUUGCUCAAAUUCGAAGAGAUUGCGUCUGAGUCCUUGACCUUGUUUAUGGCAGCCAUUGAGACCGUCAGCAACACGCUCUCUGCCAUGAUGUACUACCUCGCCACCUCACCCUCUUCACUGCAAAAGCUGCAAGCUGAGGUAGACUCUAUCGAUAUUCCUGGAACAGUUCCUCCGUUUACGAACGUCCGGGCUCUUCCAUAUCUAGACGCUGUGCUCAACGAGACAAUGCGUCUUCACAGUGUCCUCGGGAUAGGCCUUCCUCGAGAGGUGCUUCCCGGGUCCAAGGGAGUUCAUUUGGACUCUUUUUACUUUCCUCCUGGCACAGUUUUAAGCGUUCCAAUCUAUGCCAUUCACCGGUCUAGAGACAUCUGGGGCCAGGAUGCCAAUGAUUUUCGGCCUGAGAGAUGGGAGAAGCUGUCGAACCGCCAGAAAACAUCAUUUAUCCCAUUUGGCCAUGGUCCGGCAGCAUGCGUUGGACGUAACCUAGCAGAAGUUGAGAUGAAGAUUAUUGCGGCAACUUUAAUUAGAAGAUACCAUUUUUGUAUGGUGGAUUCUGAGAUUGAAUCUACUGAGGGAACAACACGUAAGCUUAUCAAAGUCAACAUUGGAAUUAAAAGGCGGUAA